AUGGAGCCUAGACCAUUCAAUAGCUAUUAUGGAGCAAAGCACAGCAGGGAAACGAUCACAGAUCAUGAUGCGAAGUCGAAUUUAUCAUCGAAUACACAUUCCGAUUCUACUUCAUCUAUCGGCCAUCCCACAAAUCACAAUAAAUCCUCAAACGCAUCCGAGAAACCGGUCCUAGGAAAGAGGCCAUUGCUGGGGCGACAGCUCACGGAGAACGAUAUUGCUCGAGCGCUAUCGCAGCGACGGAGCCCGAGCUCUGCCCACGGCGCGCCGGAUGAAGAUGUGGCGCAGGUCGUGAAACUGGUUUCUCGUAUGUUUGGUCGGGAUAGGAAAGCCAAUUCUGACGAGGAAAAGACAAGGCAUCAAGGCGUUGUGUGGAAAAACUUGACCGUAAGAGGUAUUGGUCUCGGCGCUGCUAUUCAGACUACAAGCUCGGACGUCUUGUUCACAAUACCAAGGAUGAUCAGGCAGCUCCUGAAUUUUCAUAGGAGUAAGCCUACUUUACGGACAAUCAUAGAUGAUUUUUCGGGCUGUGUACGACCUGGUGAAAUGAUUCUUGUCCUUGGACGACCGGGUUCUGGAUGUUCGACUUUCUUGAAGGUUAUCGGAAACCAAAGAUCUGGGUAUAGAAGCAUUGAAGGUGAGGUGUCAUAUGGUGGAGCGGAUUUCAAAACGAUGGCAGAUAAAUAUCGCUCCGAAGUACUAUACAACCCAGAAGAUGACCUCCAUUACCCGACGUUGACCGUGAAAGAUACCCUCAUGUUUGCUCUCAAGACCAGGACCCCGGAUAAGGCUUUACGACUGCCAGGAGAGAGUCGGAAGGAGUAUCAGGAGACAUUCUUGUCUACGAUUGCCAAGCUAUUUUGGAUUGAGCAUACACUUGGAACGAAAGUCGGCAAUGAACUGAUCCAUGGAAUCUCUGGCGGUGAAAAGAAGCGGGUGUCCAUAGGUGAAGCAUUGGUAACCAAAGCAAGUACACAGUGCUGGGACAACUCAACUAGGGGUCUAGACGCGAAUACAGCACUAGAGUAUGUGCAGAGUCUGAGAAGCUUAACAGAUAUGGCCAAUUCUUCCACACUAGUGGCGUUGUAUCAAGCCUCUGAAAACCUAUACAACCUUUUUGACAAGGUUAUCCUUAUUGAAGAGGGCAGAUGCGCGUACUUUGGUCGCGCUGAUAAGGCGAGAUCCUAUUUUGAGCAUUUAGGGUUCAAGUGCCCUCCUCGCUGGACAACGCCAGAUUUCCUGACCUCAGUCAGUGAUCCCCACGCCAGACGCGUGAGGGAAGGAUGGGAAAAUCGCAUCCCGCGAACAGCAGAAGAGUUUCAAAAUGUAUAUCGCAAUAGUGACAUACACAAGGAGGCCUUAGCCGACAUUGAUGACUUCGAGAAGGUGGUCGAGUCACAGUGGGAAGACCGGGAGGCUGCUCGAAAGGAUAUACCAAAGAAAAACUAUACCGUCUCUUUUUACAAGCAGGUCAUGAUUCUUACUCAUCGACAAUUUCUUAUUAUGUACGGCGACAAGCAAUCUCUUAUUGGUAAGUGGGUCAUGAUCACUUUCCAGGCGCUCAUGAUAGGAAGCUUGUUCUACGACCUUCCACAAACCAGCGCUGGUGUCUUCACUAGGGGAGGUGUACUGUUUUUCGUCUUGCUUUUCAACUCUCUACUUGCCCUGGCCGAACUCACUGGACAAUUUCAAAAUCGUCCUGUUUUGCUCAAACAUAAAAGCUUCUCAUUCUACCGCCCUUCUGCAUUCGCUGUUGCUGAAGUUGUCGUCGAUGUGCCAUUAAUCUUCAUCCAGGUCGCUAUCUUUGAACUGGUUGUCUAUUUCAUGGCAAAUUUAUCGAGAACACCGUCUCAAUUUUUCAUUAGCUUUUUAAUUACAUUUGCUCUUACUAUGAAUAUGUAUUCAUUUUUCCGGAUGAUUGGGUCAUUAUCUGCUUCCCUCGAUGUUGCUACACGAGUAACCGGGGUGACAGUUCAAGCACUGGUGGUAUAUACAGGUUACCUUAUUCCGCCCUGGAAAAUGCACCCUUGGCUUAAAUGGUUGAUUUGGAUUAACCCGGUCCAGUAUGCCUUUGCAGGGCUAAUGGCGAACGAAUUCCAUGAUCUGGACUUUCAAUGCCAGCCGCCGGACAUUGUACCGGACGGCCCCGGUGCGUCUCCUGGCUAUCAAACGUGUUCGAUUCAGGGGAGCAGUUCCGACAGACUGGUUGUUCAAGGCUCCAAUUACAUCAAGACCGCUUUUGCCUACACACGAUCCCACUUGUGGCGUGACUUUGGCAUUAUUGUAGCCUGGCUUGUUCUCUACAUUGCCCUGACAAUGAUUGGAACAGAAUUCCUGAAGCCGAAUAAGGGAGGCAGCGCAGUCACAAUAUUCAAGAGGGGAGAAGCACCUGCAGGUGUUGAGAAAGCAGUCAAACAGAAAGAACUUCCAGACGACGUUGAAACUGGGAAAAAGGAAAAAGGUCCAAACUGCCACCUGGAGGGUACCAACUUGGAUGACUCGCAGAAUAUAGUCGAAGGCAUUGCCCGAAGCACGUCCAUUUUCACUUGGAAGCAUGUAAAUUAUACCAUACCUUAUAAGGGCGGACAAAAACAGCUACUUCAGGAUGUCCAGGGCUACGUAAAGCCAGGGCGUUUUACUGCCUUGAUGGGCGCUUCAGGAGCAGGGAAAACUACUCUGCUGAACACGCUGGCCCAGCGGAUUAAUUUUGGGGUCGUAACGGGCUCUUUUCUUGUUGACGGAAAGCCUCUUCCUAAGAGCUUCCAACGAGCCACUGGUUUUGCUGAGCAAAUGGAUAUCCACGAACCUACAGCAACCGUAAGAGAAUCUCUUCAGUUCUCAGCCCUUCUCCGCCAACCUAGAGAGGUGCCAGUUCAAGAGAAAUAUGAUUACUGCGAGAAAAUCAUCGAUCUCCUGGAAAUGCGGCCCAUCGCAGGCGCCACCGUGGGUUCUUGGGGCGUUGGCCUGAACCAAGAGCAGCGUAAACGACUCACGAUUGCAGUUGAACUGGCAAGCAAGCCUCAACUGCUACUAUUCCUGGAUGAACCCACUUCUGGCCUCGACUCCCUGGCUGCUUUCAAUAUUGUGCGUCUCCUUCGGCGGCUUGCCGAUACCGGGCAGGCAAUCCUCUGCACAAUCCACCAGCCGUCUGCGGUGUUGUUUGAAUACUUCGACGAUUUACUUCUCCUGCAGAGUGGAGGACAAGUCGUAUACAACGGUGAACUGGGACACGAUUCCAGCAAGAUGAUUAAAUAUUUCGAGCAGAAUGGAGCCAAGACAUGCCCUCCUCAUGCCAAUCCUGCCGAGUAUAUGCUUGAGGUUAUUGGGGGGGGGAAUCCCGACUACAAAGGACAAGAUUGGGCUGAGGUUUGGGCGCGUUCUCCCCAGGCCAAAGCGCGAUCCGAGGAAAUCGACCAGCUCAUCGAGUCUCGUCGCGGCAAAGAAGAGAGCGAAAGCAAAGAUGACACUCGCGAAUAUGCAAUGCCAAUCUGGGCUCAGAUCCUGGCUGUUACCAAGCGUUCAUUUACCGCAUACUGGAGAACGCCCGAGUAUAGCACUGGCAAAUUCGUACUGCAUAUCUUCACGGGACUGUUCAAUACGUUCACUUUCUGGCACUUGGGACACAGCUACAUUGAUAUGCAAUCGCGUCUAUUUUCCAUCUUCAUGAUGCUGACAAUAGCGCCACCACUGAUUCAACAACUCCAGCCCCAAUACCUUCAUUUCAGAAACCUAUACGAAUCGCGCGAAUCUAGUUCCAAGAUCUACUCCUGGACAGCCUUCGUGAUAAGUGCCAUCCUCCCGGAAUUACCGUAUUCCGUCGUUGCCGGAUCCAUCUACUUCAACUGCUGGUACUGGGGAGUCUGGUUCCCCCGCGACUCAUUCACAUCAGGAUACGUUUGGAUGCUCCUGAUACUCUUUGAGAUGUACUACAUCGGAUUCGGACAACUCAUCGCAGCAAUCUCACCGAACGAGGUAUUCGCAUCACUUCUUGUACCGUGCUUCUUCGCCUUCGUCGUCGCCUUCUGCGGCGUCGUCGUGCCAUAUACAAAUAUGAUCCAUUUCUGGAGAUCCUGGAUGUACCGAGCUAGUCCAUUCACCUAUCUGGUGGAGGGUCUUCUCGGCGUGGUCACGCAUGAUGUCCCCGUGCGCUGUCUCACAAAGGAAGAAUCCACCUUUACUCCACCCCCCGGUUCCAAUUGUCAGGACUAUGCGGGUAUGUUUGCCCAGCAGGCAGGUGGUUAUGUGCGGGAUAUCGAGAACGGAUUAUGUGCUUAUUGUCGGGCCUCGGAUGGGGAUAAGUUUGUCGCGAGGUUGAAUAUGUUUUACGCCCAUCAGUGGCGGGAUUAUGGGAUUUUCUGGGCUUAUGUGGUGUUCAAUUUCGCGGCGGUUUACUUCUGCUCGUGGUUGUAUCUUCAUGGAGUCGGGAAUAUGAAGCGAUGGGUUAGUGCGAAGAGGGCGAGGAAAGUGACUGGAAAGUGA